AUGUCUUUUGUCUAUUCGGUGCUUGUCAGAGUGUUGACUUUUUUUAAAAAGGACUCCCACGGCUAUAUUCCAGGCUUCGAGCCCUUUGAUGGCGAUCAUUCAAUUUCAACGGUCGUUACAAAGUAUUUGACCAAGGCUUUGACAAAACUUACGAUGCCCCUAUCCCAAGAAUCAGCGCUCGUCCUCCGUCAUGUCCUCUCUGACUCGACUGAAUGGCACAAAAUCAGCCCCCAGCAAGACAUCAUGCGCAUCGUUUCACGCCUGUCUACUCGAGUAUUCGCGGGCGAGGAACUCUGCCGCAACGAAGAUUGGGUCGGCGUCUCCUCAGACUACACCGCCGCCGCCUUUGGGGUAGGCUACGAAGUCGGCCAGUGGCCGCGCUGGUCCCGACCUUAUGUUCACUGGUUCCUCCCCUCCUGCUGGCGCGUCCGCUCCCUCCUCGCCGAGGCCCGCACGACCCUCAAGCCGUACAUCCAGCGCCGCGAUCGCAUCAAGGCCGAAGCCCUGGCGCGCGGCGAGACCAAGGACGUCUUUGAUGAUGCCAUUGAGUGGUUCGAGAAGGAGUCUUCCGAGAAGCGUGACCCGGCUACGACGCAGAUCUCCUUGUCGCUCGUCGCGAUUCACACCACGACCGAUUUGCUUACGCAGACCAUGAUUGAUCUAGCGGAGCACCCUGAGCUAGUCCAGCCUCUUCGUGACGAGCUCGUCCGCGUGCUCGGCGCUGAGGGAUUGAAGAAGACAGCGCUCUACAACCUGAAGCUCAUGGACAGCGUCAUCAAGGAGUCCCAGCGCAUGAAACCCGUCCUUCUCUCUACCUGGCGCCGCCUCGUCAAGAAGGACAUCACCCUCUCCAACGGCUUCGUCCUCCGCAAGGGCCAAAAGAUCAUCGCCACAAACGUCCACAUGUGGGACGCAAACUACUACGAGAACCCGGCCACCUACGACGGCUACCGCUUCCUCAACAUGCGCGGCACCAACGAGGAGAAGAACUCGCACCUCGUCAGCACCAGCGCCAAGCACCCCGGCUUCGGCCACGGACAGCACGCUUGCCCGGGACGCUUCUUCGCCGCCAACGAGGUCAAGAUUGCGCUGGCGCAUUUGCUGCUCAAGUAUGAUUGGAAGUUCCCUGAUGGGUUUAAGCCGCAGUCGAUGCCGCACGGUAUGGUUCUGUUGCCUGAUCCUUCGGCGACGCUGUUGAUUCGUAGGAGGAAAGAGGAGCUUGAUUUGGAUUCGUUGGAGUGUUGA